GCGCUGGUGUCUUCAGAAACCUACUCUAGCUAGUGAGUUAAGAAGGGCUGAUCGGAGUCAAACUCAGCAACCAUGUCGCAAAAUCAAAGCCCUGAGAACUCCUCCAAGACUCCAGACCAUCUUAUAACGGCCGAGUUGCAGUCUCCUUUGACCUACGUGGAUCGCCUUCUUCAAAACAAUCAACCGAAUCAAGAUCAAAGUUCACGCACAGAUGACUUGGUUAUGGUCAUGCUCGACUCCCUGACCGACUACAUCGUGGAGAUGGUGGGCAUGGAGGCCAAUAAUGAAAGUGUGCCGACCACCCAGCAACCGGCGGAGGGGGCAGCCAACAACAACGGAGAGCCUCGCAGCAGUGAUGCAGCCUUCACUCUGUUCGACCAAAAGCGUGGAUCCAGGAGAGGCUGAAGCCUGAGUCCCAGAGCCUGGCAAGAGUCAUUCGAGCAGCCCGAACUAAAUGUCACCCAGCUGAAGAAGCCAGGGUCUGUUGUCAACGAAUGUCAUUAAAGGAUUAAAUAUCAUCGCA